ACGCCUCUAGGGGCAAAAUCUUUGGUUCAAGCGCGCAGUGACUCCGGAGCAGAAGCUGCUUACAUACCAGUCUCAUCAAACAGAACAAGCAUGACCAAAUUAGGGGCUGUAAUACCAGCGGCUCUGGAAUUCAUUAGCUGAAAGGAAGACGCCAGCAAUUGCCCUCUGUCCAACUCUCACUUUUUUGUUUUUAUUCGCCGUUAACACAACAAGGAACAAUCUGUUAUCUUUAAUUUUGUGGAGUACUACUAUACGCAUUCUUUGUGGACUACAGUCAGGUUUGCAAACUCUUUGAUUUCAGGAGCUUGCAGGGGCUGAGAGAAGAGCAAGACCAUGGAGGGGGACUGUCUGAACUGCGUCAAGUACCUCAUGUUCAUUUUCAACUUCUUUAUCUUUCUGGGAGGCGCCUGCCUGCUGGGAGUGGGGAUCUGGGUGCUGGUGGAUCCCGCAGGGUUCCAGGAGAUUGUGGCAGCCAAUCCACUCCUCUUCACCGGGGCUUACAUCAUCCUGGCCAUGGGAGCCAUGCUGUUCCUGCUGGGUUUCCUGGGCUGCUGUGGGGCCAUCCGCGAGAACAAGUGUCUGCUGCUAUUUUUCUUCAUGCUCAUUCUGAUCAUUUUCCUAGCAGAGCUGGCAGCUGCAAUCCUUGCCUUCAUCUUCCGGGAGCAUCUGACGAGAGAGUAUUUCACAAAGGAGCUGAAGGAGCACUAUCAAGGCUACAACAACACGGACGUCUUCACAGCCACGUGGAACGCAUUCAUGAACACAUUCGGUUGCUGUGGAGUGAACGGCCCAGACGAUUUCGAGGGAAGCCGGUUUAGACUUCUCUAUCCGGAUGACCUGGUCCCAGAAGCAUGCUGCAAGAAAGACAUCCACACCAGAGGGGGCGCUUUCUUCAGCAAGGAGGAGUGUCUCAUGGGGAACAUGCUGUUCCGCAACAACAAGGGAUGUUACUCUGCUGUUGUGGACUAUUUUGAGAUGUACAUAUACAUUUCUGGGGCCCUGGCUAUAGUGGUGCUGACUAUCGAGCUCUUUGCCAUGGUGUUCGCUAUGUGCUUAUUCCGGGGUAUCCAGUAGGUGGUGCUGUUUCAAAAAUGACUUUUAAAAGGGGAAAUCCAUAAGUAGUAGAUUCCUUGUAAUGUAAAAAAUAAGAAGAAAACGUAAGUUGAUUUUAAUAAAUUGAUACAUGAAUGACCAAAAGGGUUGUACUUCAGGGCUGGAACUUUGAGGUGCCGAAAACAAAAAACAGAAAAGAAAGAGAAGAAUGGAUAAUUGGAAGAAGACAAUGGAAGAGGCGGAUUGCAUUGCACUGAUGUUGGGGUGAAGAGGGUUUGAUUUGGAGGAGCAGAGAAAGAGGUCUGCAGUGGUACAGCAAGACCUGUAUCAACCACAGCCUUUGUUUCCUGACAGAACACAAGAGGGCCACUUCAUUCAAACCCAGUGUCGCUUUGGAGUCUGAAAAUAUCAAACAGAUAGCACUGUAGACUUUGGACAACCUUGCUGAUUCUUUCACCAGCUUAAAAAUCCAGCAGAGUUCUGUGGUUCUCAUUAACUUUGUUUUAGUGGUAUUAUUAUUAUUAUUUUUUAUUAUGAUGUUCUUUACAAUAAUACUGCUGGAUUUGAGCUGAACCAUAUUAGUCAGUUACAUAUUUUAACAUAUUAUUGCUUACCUUCAGGCCAUGCAACUUUCACACUAUACAUUCCUGAUGCACUCCACAAAGCAUAUACUAACUGAUGUUGCCAUUCAAGGAUUGCGUACCACGGCUUUAACUACCCUUUAUAACUAUUUCCUUCUCUUGGCAUUAGCAAUAUGACUAGUCCCCUAUUUGUUAAACACUGAGUGUAUGUUUAACCAGUUUAUUGCAAAUACCAGGACAGUUCAUGCAAAAGCUUAUGUUUUAACAGAAGGCUUUGUACGUUUUUUAGUUUUUUUUAUUCAUUUAUUUUUUUUAGUUUUUUUGUUCAAUGGUACAUUGACAACAAAAAAGUAGCCAUUUGCGGACAUAGAACUGCUGAAUAA